AUGCUAUAAACGAUGUUUAGAUGUAUAUAUAAACAUUUACACGAAAAUUGAAACAUGACUGGUAACACUAGAAGCGUGCAGUAGGAGAAAAGCACCUUGGGGAAAGUUCUGCAUCAAGAUACAGCUAUAUUGAAACGAUGGCAACAGACUCCGCUAAACAAGAUGAAAAACCUGCGAUAUUUGAACCGAUUUCAGGAGAAAAUGAAGACACGGGAUUGACUGAAAUUCAAAGCUUAUGUGUGAAUUGUGAAGAAGAGGGAACCACCAAAUUUCUGUUCAUCAAGAUCCCAUUUUACAAGGAAAUAAUAAUCAGUUCAUUUUAUUGCCCACAUUGUUCAGCAAGCAACAAUGAAAUCCAGUCAGCCGGAACUAUUCAAGAGAAAGGCGUCAUCAUAACAUGCAAAGUGCAAAACAAAUCGGAUUUAAAUCGACAAGUUGUGCGUGCUGAUAUUGCAUCAGUGAGCAUACCAGAGCUUGGUUUUGAGAUUCCUCCAGCUUCACAAAAAGGAACCCUUUCCACAAUUGAAGGAAUCAUUCAGCGCUCUGUAGACGGACUACAACAAGAACAGCCAAUUCGCAAAAGCCUGCACCCAGAUGUAUUUGAGAAAAUUGAGGCUUUUAUUGGCAAGCUUAAAACCAUCAGAACUGGAGAAACGCCUUUUACACUGGUUGUGAAUGAUCCAUCAGGAAACAGCUUUGUUGAAAAUCCUCACGCACCAAACCAUGACCCUGCACUAACCUUCACACAUUAUAAAAGAAACUUAGAACAAAACAAAGCUCUGGGAUUAUCUGCUGAUGACGCAAUACAGGAGAAAAAUAAAAGCGAAGAGAUUGAAUUACCAGAACCUGGGCAAGGGUUGGAUUUAAAGAAUGAAGUUAUUACUUUUUCAACUGAGUGUCCAAGCUGUGGGGUAACAAAUGAAACAAAUAUGAAGGUGGUUAAAAUACCUCACUUUAAAGAAGUGAUAAUAAUGGCAACGAACUGUGACACUUGUGGUAAAAGAACAAAUGAAGUGAAAUCUGGAACUGGGUUCGAACCGAAAGGAAAAAUAAUAACAUUAAAAGUUAAAAGUACAGAAGAUAUGUCAAGAGAUGUGUUAAAAUCAGAGACAUGUACAAUUAAAAUCCCAGAGCUGGACUUUAUUACAGGAGGAAAUGCAAUAAGUGGAAAAUUUACCACUGUUGAAGGAUUACUGGUGGAUCUCAAAGCAAUGAUGCUUGAAACAAAUCCAUUCGUUGGAGGUGACAGUGCAACUAAUGACAAACUGAGGAAAUUUGUUGAAAAACUUGAUUCUCUUUUAAAGGGAGCAACACCAUUUACAUUAAUCUUGGAUGAUAUGAACAGUAACAGCUUUAUACAGAACAUCUAUGCACCAGAACCAGAUCCAUGUUUGUCAGAAGUAGAAUAUGAGAGAACAUAUGAACAGAAUGAAGAGCUUGGUUUAAAUGAUAUGAACACUGAAAACUAUACUUCGUAGCUAAAUUUUAUCUUAACUGCUGGGUAAUUAGAAAAUCAAUUAUAUUUUAUAUUCAGCUUAAAAUUGCUUUCAAACCAACAGUUUCUGUUUAUCUAUUAAGUUUUAUUUGUAAUAAAUUCUGCAGGAAUUUUGGAACACAGUAUUUUGCUGUUGGGGCUAAAUUAGAAAAUGUAUCCAGCUUUUCAGCUUUCAAUGUAAAAAAUCCUUUGUUUGCCCCCAUACCCUUUAAGUUCUAAGUUGUGCUUGUUUAUAUAUUGAUAUGUAAUAAAAACUUCACAAGUUGUAA